AUGAGCACAUUUUUCGAGGAGUCUGAAAGAAAGCACUUGGAAACUGCAAUCGAAGAUAUACUUUCGCAGUUCGAUAAGAAGGUCGACGAGCGCAUUAUCCUUAAAGAUCUUAUUUCUACCGCAAAUCUGCUUAUUCAAAAGAGAAAUAUCCAGAAAAAGCUAGUUUCGAACUCGCGUAUCUUUAACUAUAAUUUAUUUGCACCCGAUAAUAGAAAUGCUCUAGAGAUCAUGAAUAAACUCGCACAGUCCGUUCGCGUUUCAAAGCUUUCCAGCAUCAGUCUCACAGACUUCUAUUCUGUGGAGGCGAGUUUCGUUUUAGUUUCUCCAAACAAUUUAAAUGUAAAUAUCAGCAUGAGUUUUCUGCGCCAUCUCGAUAUCCUGAAGCAGAAUGGGAAGUGGAGCACGAUCGAUUAUGCUAUCUACUGCGGAGACGACUGGGACAGUAUGAUGACGUUGGCCAAACUCUCAUUUGCGCACAAGGGACCGGGCGAACCCUCCGGAUACUACGGAUUUGAAUCUGUGAUUGAAGAGACCAUCGAAGAGCCAUCGGUCAGCGAGUCGAGCAGCAGCGACCUUCCUAUUACGGGAGACUUUAGUGAUGAAUAUUCUGUCCACGACGAGAAUGAAAUGAGCGAAGAAUCGGAGCACAGCGGGGAAGAAGAAAAUGCAGAAGCAGCGAAUGCGGACCGUGAAGUUGCAGAGGAAGAACUACUUCAAUUCGAUGUGAACAACGAUCUUGUCAAGCAGCUGGGGGAGAUUCUGAACCCUGCAAUGCCUCCCGAGGUGUUGUUGAUGUACUUGGUGUCUAUGGAAUUCAUAUCCUUUGGUUCGUAUGCGAUUAGUUCUCUUCAUUGCACUGGGAAACAACCUGGAAUAUCGAUGAGCGCUUCUACGAUUUGUUGGUUGACCGUCCGAUAUUUACAAAUUCUAGUCCAGCGCCAGAGUCGAAGUGGCUUGUUUGUUAAAUACUUUUAA